CGGCCAUUUGCAGCAUGAGAGCUGCUUUGCAGCACUGAGAGCCCUGCCUGUUUGAAGCGCCUGGAAGCAGCCUAAGCGCUUUUUAAGACGCGACUGGCAUUGGUUUGCAUACGUUUGGACUCAACACAAGGACGGCUGGGCAAGAACGCGCGGACUUGCGCACUCUAAGGCACUGAUCAAGCCAUGCACCGCCUCGCGCUGCUCCUGUGCACUGCCGCGACGACGAGCGCACUCCGCCUCGUCGGCCGGCGCGCAGCCGUCAGCGCGGCAACCGGUGCAGCUGUAGCGCUGCCGAAGCAAGUUCUUGCGAAAUGCACGGACAUCGAGUCGUGUCGCGAGGUCGGCGACGCUAAAGUUGCUGCUCAAGAGGCUGCAAAUCCAGUGAUAAACCUGGGCAACGGCGUACGAUACAAACGUGUCAAGGAAGGUGCCGGUGCCACGGUCUCGGGCAAUGAUGUCGUGGACGUGGCAUAUUCGAUCUCGACGGCGGGCGGCUCCUACAUGUAUUCACGCGGCUUUGGGUUCGAGAAGGACUCAGACGGCGUGGUUGAUGCUGGAGAUUUUUUGCGAGUGCGACUCGGCAAUCAAGACGUCCCGAAAGGGAUAGAGCUCGCUCUGCGCGGAAUGAAGAAGGGUGAGAAGCGACGCGUCGAAUUACCACCUGGUCCGGUGACGGGAUUUGAAACGUCGGAAUGGAAGCCUGCUCCGACGACGCGGCGCGGCAAGGCGCAGAUUGUCGCCUACAAAAAUCUGAUCAACGGCAACGGCUCGUCGCAGCCGCCAUUUCCCGCCGUGACGGUGUGGGAUAUCGAGUGCCGGCGCGUUCGCGGGGCGAGGGGUGGGGAGCGGUAACUUGUAAUUGUUG